CAAUCAUCAGGGCCGAAUUCACCUCUACUGAACUCCGUGACGUAAUGACGCAAGAGACCAGCGCAUUGCAUUGUGGGUGCCGGUGCCUGGACAGAAACAGAAAGUGCACGACUGUUGAGCGAACUACGGUGAUACACGGCUUAUUCACACAAAUAAAAGUUUCGCAGCUGGUGAUCUGUGAGUGCCUACGUAGCAGCCAUGUCGUCAACAUCCCAAAAACAUAAAGAUUUCGUGGCCGAGCCGAUGGGUGAGAAGCCCGUGACGGCUCUGGCUGGCAUUGGAGGGACCCUUGGCGGAAGACUGGAGGAGAAAGGUUUUGACAAGGCGUACGUCGUCCUCGGGCAGUUCCUGGUUCUAAAGAAAGACGAAGAGCUUUUCCGGGACUGGCUGAAGGACACUUGCCAGGCGAAUUCAAAGCAACAAGGUGACUGCUACGGCUGUCUUAAAGAAUGGUGUGACGCCUUCCUAUAAAGCAAUCGCCACUGUUUUCUACGUCUGAAGUCCAAACUGUACAUUACCUCUUCACUCAUAUUGAUUCAAUUCAGCUACACCAUAUAUGUGAACUGACACUGUAGACACUGAGUUUUAUUGACGUCAGCUUGUUUUUAAAUUAUACUUAAAGCUGUAAGUGUAUUUCUGAACCCCCUCGACCCCUUAAUGGGACUCGGACACGCCCAUCUCAUGGCCUUAGAGACAGUUGGAGACUGUUAAACUAGAACUACUUGUCAUUCUUUAUAUUGCCAUUAAAAUGGUAGUUUGGAUGGAUAAUUACAGAUGUGACGGAUCUGUUCGUCUGUGAAUUGUCAGCAAGCAUUUUGACUUGUCACAGCAGUAAAAUCACAAGUGUUUCCAAGAAGAUUAAUGGCGUCUUUCCUCUAGAGUUUACCAGUAAGUCUCAUCACUGAGCCACAAUGGUAACAUCCAAAUGUAUCAGCCUUUAUUAACAUGAAUACAUCUGUGUUUGACAAGUCAACAUGUCUGCUGUGAAAAGACUGAAUGUUAGUUUCCAGUUUUGGGAAAAGAGCUGCUUAAGUUAGUACUAAUGUUUACCCAAGAUGAUCGGAAUGCUGCAUGUUGAAUUUUAAAUGUAUGGCUCAUCUGUUGUUGGUCAUGGAGGAAGAUUUUAUCUUGCUAAGCUACACAUGGCUCGUUUGUUCUGCGUUUAAACUUUCAGCAACAUUUGGAUUUCAGUUUGGCAUGCAUUUCUUUCUAUCUAGCGUGAUGACUUAGCAGUACAGCCCAUAUUCAUAUUUGUACUCACCUUCUUAGGCCUUUUGCCCCAUUUUGCUGUUUUUUUUGAACCCAUUGGAAAGUUGAUGUAAGAUGUGUUUUUUUUUUUUUUAAACUCUCACAUCAUAUCACAGCUAAGUAUCAUGUUCUGUCCACAAACGAUGUUUAAAUUACUUCUCGCAGAGGUGGAUUGUCUGAAGUGUCUUGCAGAGGAUAUGAUUUUACAAAAGCUAAACCUCAGACCGGCGGUGACGUGACGGUCUUGGCGGUCGAUGUGUUUUUAUUACGAAAGCGUUUAACUUGUGAUCUGGAACAUGUUGAAGCAGCGCGGCCAGAUGACAACAUCUGGUCUGCUGAAACCUUGAUGGAACCUAAAGAUGGAGAUGAUGUACUGUAUAUAAAUAAAGAUGCCCAUGCAACAAACCCGAA